UUUUUUUUUUUUUGAGACAAAGUCUCCCUCUGUUGCCCAUGCUGGAGUGCAAUGGCAGUUUCUUGGCUCACUGCAACCUCCACCUCCCGGGUUCAGGCGAUUCUCCUGUCUCAGCCAUAGUAGCAGCUAAGAUUACAGGGGCCCACCACCAUGCCCUGUUAAUUUUUCCCCCCCAUACAGAGUCUUGCUCUGUCACCCAGGCUGGAGUGCAGUGGCAAGAUCGGCUCACUGCAACCUCCGCCUCCUGGGUUCAAGCAAUUCUCUUGCCUCAACCUCCCCAGUAGCUGGAAUUACCAGCGCCCGCCACCACACCCGGCUAAUUUUUGUAUUUUUAGUAGAGAUGGGGUUUCACCAUUUUGGCCAGUCUGGUCUUGAACUCCUGACCUCGUGAUCCACCCGCCUUGGCCUCCCAACGUAUUGGGAUUACAGGCGUCAGCUACUGUGCCUGGCCAAAUAUUUUGUAUCUUUAGUAGAGACGGGGUUUCACCACGUUGGCCAAGCUGGUCUUGAACUCCUGAUCUCCAGUAAUCCACUGCCCUCGGCCUCCCAAAGUGUUGGGAUUACAGGCGUGAGCCACUGCGCCAAGUCAACUUCCUUUUUUUUGAGAACCAGUCUCGCUCUGUCGCCCAGGCUGAAGUGCAGUGGCGCGAUCUCGGCUCACUGCAACCUCCGCCUCCUGGGUUCAAGCGAUUCUCCUGUCUCGCCCUCCCGAGUAGCUGGGACUAGAGGCGUGUGCCACCACACCCGGCUGAUUUUUUUUAUUUUUAGUAGAGACGGGGUUUCACCAUGUUAACCAGGAUGGUCUCAAUGUCCUGACCUCGUGAUCUGCCCGCCUCUGCCUCCCAAAGCGCUGGGAUUACAGGCGUGAGCCACCGCGCCCGGCUCCUUCCUUUUUUUUUUGACACAGGGUCUCACUCUGUCGCCCAGGUUGGAGUGCUCACUGCAACCUCCGCCUCCCGGGUUCGGGGUUCGAGCUAUCCUCCCGCCUCAUACUCCCUAGUAUUUGGCAUUACAAGCACGUGCCACCAUGCCCUGCUAAUUAGUAAUUUCAGUAGAGAUGGGGUUUCACCAUGUUGGACAGGCUGGUCCUGAACUCCUGACCUCAGGUGAUCCGCCCACCGAACUUCCCAAAGUACUGGGCUUAUAGGCGUGAGCCACAGGCGCCCUGCCCAAUUUCCCUUUUUAAUGACAUUUGAGCUAGGGUCCAGGUUUCCUAGCUCCCACUACCUGUCCUGCACAACACAGACACUAAAUACCUUAUUGCUCAUUAUGAAGCCCCAUUCUUCAGAAAGGUUUUAUAGCACUUUCGUUAAACCUCCUUCCUGUUCAAAAUGCAGCGCACUAGAGUAUUUUUCCCCUACUCCACCGUUAAGCGACCUCUUCUUAAGCAGGACUGUUUUGGGUCUCUUGGUUGCUAUCCCCUACUACACCCUACUAAUAUGUUGCACGAAGCGACGGGGAACCCUUCUGCCCCAAACGAUGUGAGUGGAAACACAAUGUCCUACUCUCUCCAUUCCCAGAAACAUAGACUCUCCCCUCAAAUAUCCUUCCUGGCUCAUCUACAGCCCUAAGGUCUCAAGGUAGGGGCAAAAGCCCGCCCCAAUUGGCAAAUGCUCCUCCUCCGCCAAGAACCUCGAAUUUCCGCUGUCCCUGGACAGAGCCUCCAACCUUAAGAAAAAUGGCGAGGUGGACCCAGGCCCUUGAUUCUGAAGUGAGCCCUUUUCCACAGCACAGGCUUUUCACAGGUUUUUGUGGUGGAAUGAUUACUCAGUGAGCUGAUUUACUCCCUCAAGAGUAACCAACGCUCCAUUUCAGUUCUCCAGAAUCCCAACUCCGUGUCCCUCCGCCUCGGCCUUGCCUCCCACUGCCAACGCAGCCGUUUCUCAGAGAAAUCGCCGAAGGCGCAUGGCAGGGCAGUUGGGCGACUAACGGUUUUCUAACGCGAGAGGACAGCGCGGGAGGAGAGGCGGGAACGCGUAGGGACUAGCAGGGGACGGGGUGGGGGUGGGGUGGCGGACGAAGGGCGGGGCCGGCGCCAGGAAGGAUCGCGAAGGAGCUGGGAGGCCCCGCCUUUUCCGUAGAUAUCUCUAGAAAGCCGCGCCGGAGCCCGAAAACAAGGACUGCGCACGCGCGGCGGCAGGGCCCGGGCAUUUUGCUGCGUCACCAGCCGCCGCCCGGCCUCACCACCCCUCGUUUGCACGCACGCACGUUCGUUCUCCGUCCUCGCGCCCCUUUUCCUACACUUUCCUCUUCUCCCCGACCGGAGGAGCCGCUCUUUCCGCGCGGUGCAUUCUGGGGACCGAGGUCGAGCCCGCCGCUGCCGCCGUCGCCUGAGGGAAGCGAGAAGAGGCCGCGACCGGAGAGAAAAAGCGGAGUCGCCACUGGAGAGAAGUCGACUGCCUAGCAGCAGCCGCCCCAGAGAGGCCCGCCCACCCGUUCGCCCGUCCCCCUGCCCCGUUCACAAUGUGAGUGCGACACCCCGCCGAGGGAAGGUCGCCGAGUGAGGCCGAGGGAAGGUCGCCGAGUGAGGCCGAGGCCGCGUUGGGGGCUCCCUGGAAACGGCCCCCUAGCCUUUCUCGCAUCGGUGGUGGCAGUCGUUCCUGCCUGGGGGCGGGAGGUCCAGGAUCCUUGUUCCGGUUACUGUUGGCGGGUGGAGGACAUUUUUCCUCCAGAUGGCUGCUUCCCCCACCCCUGAACCGUCCCUUGGCUUCCCCAUGCGGGAAAUCCUACUUUUACCCCUUUGGCUGUCUGGGCUACUCGCCUCUUUCGGUAACUUCACCCUAGGCCUUAAGAUCCCGGUAGCUGCUCGCCAUGCGGCGCCCUGAAGCGUGAACCUUCGUGGGUCGCCUCUCGGCUGCUUGGGCGCUUCGGUUCUGUUGCUCUGUGGUCCCGGGGCCAGGCCCUGAGUCGAGUGCACGUGUGGUGGGUGCCGCCAGGUGCCUGGCGGAGCUCCUGGGAGAGCCCCACGCGGACCUCGCCAUGAGCGGCAGGUACUGCUAGGCAACUAGAAGGAAGCCAUGCCCACGCCGAAACAUACUUCCCUCUCCAGUGUCUGGGUUUCUUGAGUGUGGGUACUUCCAGUCCGCCUCCUAAUUCCAGUCUCUUGAAAACACGGGAGGUUGCCAAAACUCAGCUGCUUCCCUGGCAGCGAGGAGUUACCAUUGAGCAGGUAGUUCCGCACGUGUCGACUUUGGAAAGAUACGGACAUUUUCUGUGUUCCAUGUUCAACUUCAGGCAACCUGCUUCUGCAAAGUGGUACGAUCGAAGGGACUACGUCUUCAUUGAAUUUUGUGUUGAAGACAGUAAGGAUGUUAAUGUAAAUUUUGAAAAAUCCAAACUUACAUUCAGUUGUCUCGGAGGAAGUGAUAAUUUUAAGCAUUUAAAUGAAAUUGAUCUUUUUCACUGUAUUGAUCCAAAUGAUUCCAAGCAUAAAAGAACAGACAGAUCAAUUUUAUGUUGUUUACGAAAAGGAGAAUCUGGCCAGUCAUGGCCAAGGUUAACAAAAGAAAGGGCAAAGCUUAAUUGGCUUAGUGUCGACUUCAAUAAUUGGAAAGACUGGGAAGAUGAUUCAGAUGAAGACAUGUCUAAUUUUGAUCGUUUCUCUGAGAUGAUGAACAACAUGGGUGGUGAUGAGGAUGUAGAUUUACCAGAAGUAGAUGGAGCAGAUGAUGAUUCACAAGACAGUGAUGAUGAAAAAAUGCCAGAUCUGGAGUAAGGAAUAUUGUCAUCACCUGGAUUUUGAGAAAGAAAAAUAACUUCUUUGCAAGAUUUCAUAAUUGAGAGAAUUCCUGAGUUGAUAGCUCUAAAGGCAGAUGCUGUAUUUGCCUACUUUAACCCAUUUUUCAACCUGUUUGUUUUUUAAAAGGCUUCACUAAGGGUUGAUAUGUACCAUUGUAUGGGGCAAUUUUAAGUCAGCUAAGGCAAUAACCUUAUGCAUGAACAUUUCCCAGACUUUCAUGAAGCUGUUGAGGUCCUAGGCAAUUAAUGCAGCAGUUGUGAUAAAUAAAAACAUCUCACCUAAGUCUCCUUUUCUUCAUAACAUAGAUACUGACAUGAUAGGAAGCUCUCAGCUUAGGGAAAGAGAAUAAAUUUUAGAUUAUAGAACAUGGAUUCAAAAGUGGCUGGAACAAAUUGGCUGACACCUUACUGGUAACCUGCUAUUCCUCUGGUGUUAUCCUUCAGGAUUGUUCCACUAAAAUUUAUUUUUCAAAAGAUUUACUUCACAUUAUUCUAUGUAAGUGAUCACUUGUCAGUGUUCCAGGUGUAUCUUAGCUAAAACUAGAGAAUGCCCUAACUUAGAUGGUUUUUGAAGCCUGUACAUUUGGUAUCGUUUGACCCUUAAGCUUUUACAUCUCUUAGCAUGGAGGACGAAGAAAGCUGUACAUUGUUGCUUGAGAGUCUGUACAUUUAGUCCAGAUUUGUAUUUGCACUGUCAGUAUGGCAAAUGAGUGAAAAAUGUUUAAUACACUAUUGGAUUUUUUAUUUCUCUUUUUGAUUCAGCUUAUACCAGGGCUGAAAACCUCAAUUUAUGUUCAUGACAGUGGGGAUUUUUUUAAAUGUCUACAUUCUUUCUAAUAAACUGUUGGAAGACUUCUUGGCUGUCCUUUUAAGUGUCUGGCUUACUGUAAUUUUUAUGUAUUUACCAUUUACUGGAAUGGAGUUUAUUUGAGGAAGAAUUUGGGAUUAUUCCUCUGUUUGAAAAAGAGGCUUGCUGUAAUGUCACAGGAAACCUUUUAAAAGUGUAUCUGUAAUAGCAUAUUGUAGAUGCACUUUGCAGCAGUUGGAAAAGAAAGUGUUGUGAUUUGAUUGAAAUAAAACUAAAUGUGUUGUCCUCCUCUAAA